AUGUUCCUGGAGAUGUCCUGGGAUGCCAAGCUGAAGAACCCGUACCUGGGUUUGCCCUGCAGAUUGCCAUACAAGGUUUCUGAAGAAAUCGAAGCAGAUCGAAAGUACCUGUCCAUGGGGAUACUGGAAACUCCACAUGAUUCGCAUCACUUUGACGCGGCGGCAAGAGCUGCCCAAGUGUCGAUUCUCUCCAGAGAGAAAUUGGAGGAACGGCAUUUUCAGAUGGAGCUCAACUACCAGCAAGUGUCUCUGGCCACCUGCGAGACCUUCGACCUGACGCAGGUCCUCAGGUGCCACCUGCAGCAGCUGCAGAUCUUGGAGACGCACGGUGAUGCUUGGUCUCAUUGGUUUGCCUCAACUUGA